AUUUCAAAGAUUUGAAAUCCAUUUUUUCUCACCUGUAUACCUUGAAGUCGAAAUGAUCAAUUGAAAGAUUUUUGGCAUCAAAAGUGUUUCUUCCAGUGAAAAUUUGAGAUGUAUAAAUUUUUUCCUUAUUUAAAAGCUAGGAAUAAAGCUUGAGUGGUUAGCGGUACUCCAUCUCAAGUAGGACUCCAAUAGCUUAACUACCUAAGAACAAUGUUGAUUUAUUGGUUGAGAUUAAAUUCAAUUUUGGGUUGCAAAAAUGUUGAAGCUUUGCAAACUGUGUCCUGAGAGUAAAUUCAAUUUUGGGUUGGAAAAAUGUUAAAGCUUUGAAAAGUGUGUCCUGAGAUUAAAUUCAAUUUUGGGUUGCAAAAAAAAAAUAGAAAUGUUGAGGCAUUUGAGAAUGAAUAUAUCUUCCUCCCAAUCUUUCUCUCUCUACGUGCAAGUGCAAGCCCAAGCUAUGACAGUAACCAGGCGAUGUAGCAGCCGGCUUGCAAAUGCAGGUAUAAGCUCAUUUCUUAGCUUUAUAACGCAUUGCAGACUGCAAGGCUUCCGAAGAGUCCAAUGGGUCUAAAAAUGGAGUUUAUGUUAGGAAGAAGAGGCUCAAAUCAACCACAGAAAUUACCCCGAACUCCAAAACAGAACAGGGCUAUCUCGAUCAUCAUGAAAAUAUUUGGGACAAUUUGUUUUAUGUGGAUGGAGAUGUUGAGUCUCAUAACACAAGAUUCAUCAUUGCUUUUGGUUGGAAGGAAAGGUUUUAGCAUUCUUUAGGGAUCCCUCUGUGAGUCUACUUCCAGCCAUUAGCCACUGUUUCUGGACUGAUGGCCAAGAACCAUGGCAGUUUGCCUGAUAUUGAAGACUUCAGUUACGGAAAAAUUGAGGCCACCUUUGGUCAAAAAAGAGGAAAGCUUGAGGCCUCUGACCAUUUGAGUUCAGCUGGCAAGAAAAAACAUACCUUGACUUUGCAAAGAAUGGGAGCAGAGAGCAUUGUUUCCAUCAAGCCAAAAGAUAUUUGUAAAACAGUGGAACCACCAGUUAAUUGGGAAGAAGUACUCAAAGGUAUCCGUGAUAUGAGAGUUGCAAAAGAGGCUCCUGUAGACUCUGUAGGAUGUGGAAGAGCUGGCAGCUUUCUGCCACCUAAGGAGAGGAGGUUUUCUGUCCUGGUGGGAUCACUUCUGUCAAGCCAAACCAAGGAUCAUGUUAAUCAUGGAGCAGUUCAGAGGCUCCAUCAAAAUGGGCUAUUGAGUGCUGAAAGUAUUUCCAAUGCAGAUGAAGCAAGCAUAAGGAGCUUGAUCUACCCAGUUGGGUUUUACAUGAGAAAGGCUGGAUACCUAAAGAAAGUUGCAGAUAUUUGCCUCAAGAAAUAUGGAGGAGACAUUCCAUCCACUUUGGAUGAGUUACUCGCGCUCCCUGGUAUAGGUCCUAAAAUGGCUCACUUGAUUUUGCAUCUUGGGUGGAAUGAUGUCCAAGGCAUAUGUGUGGACACCCAUGUGCACCGUAUUUGUAAUCGUCUAGGUUGGGUAUCAAAGCCGGGCACAAAACAGAAAACAUCAUCUCCAGAGGAAACGAGAGUCUUGCUAGAAUCAUGGCUUCCAAAGGAGGAAUGGGUUGAAAUCAACCCGCUUCUGGUUGGGUUUGGACAAACAUGUUGUACACCUCUUAGACCUCAUUGUGGGGAAUGCCUUGUAAAUAAUUUGUGCCCAUCAGCUUUUAAGGAAGCAGCAAGCCCAGUCUCAAAGAAAAAAAACUAAGCCAAAUCUGAUGAUGCUAAUGCUAUUACAUGCAUUUCAAACUAAAGACUUCCCCUUUCCCAUGGUAUGGCUUUAUUUUUGUAUAUUCAUUCUCAUCUUAUCAGAAAUUUUUGGGCUGUCAAGUAAAGCCUCAUUUUUGAUACAUUUUAAGCACUCUUUUAUGGCUUGGUUCUAUUUAACUUUUGUAUAUUGUAUACUGAAAAGCCUCUUUGUAGGUAUUUAAUUAUGUAAAAAAAUUUGAGAGACCUCUUGUUAAA